AUGUGACACUGAUCCAAAACAUAGUCAAGAAUUUCCUGUGCAAAUGAAUGGAGAGGAUAUUGUCAAUUUGGACACUUCAGCUUGUAUGAAGAUUAAUGUUCUCCCUCAUGAAGUGGCUAAGCAAUGCUUUGCUGGUCAAAUAAUGGAAAAUAAAGGCAUUGCUGCACCACCAGCGACAAUACACAAGACCUGCUUGUUGAAUUCACCACAAGACAUAGUAUCAACAAAAGAACAGGUAAACAUGGGGAGGUUGAAAGAAACUUAUGAAGCUGGUAGUCCAGGGUUGACUGAUGGAUCAACGAGCCAAAGUAUCUCUGAAACUCCACCGAAACUUUAUUCUGUGAUCACAGAACCAUCUCAAAUACAAAUUAAGUCCAGUGAAGAAAUGCCUGAAAUUGACUGCAUGCUCACAGAUGAGAGUGUGAGAUGUGAGACUGAUCCAAAACCUAGUCAAGAACGUCAUGUGGACAUGAAUGAAGAGGAGACUGAGAAGAUUGACCAUUUAAACUCUACCAAGAUCAAUGUUCUCCCACAUGAAAUGGCUGAGCUAUGGUUUGGCAGUGAGAUGGAAGAUAAAGACUUGAAGAAAGAUAUUGCAGUUCACAUUUCCACUGAAGACAAGGUGAAAGUUCAAGUCCCGGAACUCAAAUCUGAAAAAGGACUGCUCCUAAAAGAUGUGAAGCCAAAAGAGUGGAAAUAUCAAAGUUCUGGUGGUGAAAACUUGGAGUCUUACUGUUGUGUUGCUAAAUGGUUUCAAACUUUAAACUCUGGAAAUGGCUCAGUGUGCGUGUGCCAGAUAAAAGCUGAAUUGAGAGAAAAGGAGAUUAAAACCCAUAGCACAAGUUUAGAGGUGCAGACUAAAAAAGACAGUCCAGGUGAAUGUGAACAAGUGGAAAUGGAUAAGGCUGCUCUUGAAAGAACAGAUGAUUCUGAAAUCACAGAUGAUUCUGAAGCCACAGAUGAUUCUGAGGACGAAUACCCAUUGCUGCACAAUCCUUCUACGGACAAAGCAAAUAUUGCAAAGGACAUUUCAAGUUCCGAAGAAGUCUGUAAGGUAAAGACUGAAACUUCAGAGCAGAAAAGAAAUGAAUCACCCACAGAAUGUGCAGCAAACCUGAAUCUUAUGAAUGAGAUUGAGCAAGACAUCCCUGCUCCAAAUUUGAAGAGCAAAACUAAUACAGUAUAUCUUGCACUGUAUGGGUCGUCUUCUGAAAAAAGAAACAAACUAAAGCGAACUAAAAGAUCCAAAGAAAAGAGAAGUUGUGAAGAACCCCCCAAAACUAUUCAAGUAACCAUAAGCUCUCACCAGGAGGUUAAAGAGAAAGACGAGUCAAAGAAGGGCAAAUGUGUGGAAACACAAGAUGAAGAUGCUAUGGAUAGUCGAGAGAGAAUACGAAGGGCAGUCUUGCAAAAAAUGGUUCAGCAUAAAAUCUUCCCCUUGCGUCCCACUUUUGCACUCGGCAAAAAUGGACUUUCAGACAGUAAACUUCUCAGUCCAAGUGCUGUUGUGAAAAGUGAUGCCCAUUUGGCUGAAGGAAAUACACGAAAGAGACUAUGUAAUAAUGCAACACAACAAAUGUCUAUAAAUAAAUAUAUCAUCAGAGGGAAAACUGUGCCAUCCAAAUUAUUUAAUUCACCCGAGAAUGAGACGAAAAGUAAAUAUGAGUUGGGGAACCCUGUUUUGAUGCCAUUGGAUGAGGGUCCUUCUUUGGAAUUCAGAGUAUUGCCAGAAUCUUUUAACUUUGAAGAUGGAGCUGAACUUAGUUGCGCUCAAGGAGACACGUUGCAGAGUACGCAAAAUGGGAUGUCAGGCCCAGAAGAAAAAGCUAAAAGGAUGAAAACUAGCCAUGUGCCAACCCAAGGUGUUUGGAGUUUAAGUCCCUUGAAGAAAAAGCAAACUCAUUCCAUCCAGUCCACCGAUGUCUCUGGUUCAUGUAGCCUCUUCCAAGAGUUCAAGAAGAAAUAUCAAAAAAGAAGUACAUCGCCAUCAAGCAGAACUUGAAUCCCAGUGAAAGAGCUUGAUUUUUCUAUUAAAAUUAAAGCGAAUGGGCCAUAUGUUUACUUCCUGUGAAUGAUAAAACUCAACAGAUGCAUAUCCAAGUGUACAAAUACAUUUUUACUGUUUAAUUAAACUUGAUUAUUUGCAUUAUAGUAUAAAUGCAUCGUUUGCACAUUGGUCAUCCAAUUCAACAGCUGCUAUUAACCAAGUCAUCCAGUAUUUGUGUACAAGUUUUAUAUUUUACAUUUUGAAGAAACAUGUUUGUCAUUAUUUUGUCAUUAUGUAUAUUGUGGUAAAAUUAUUUGGAUUCCACUGGUUUGUAAAAAAAAUCCAUUUUUGUUUUUAUAAGACCUUUUUUAAUAAAAACAUUUGGUUACAAAUACA